UGUUCCGGGUCAGAAACUGGACGGGAGAGGAAAUUAACUCCAGGACGAGACGGAGGGGGGGAAAAAAGCACAAGAAUGCCACCCUGAGAUGUAGCCUGCGUGUUUUUAAAAAAAAUUACGACGGCUUUUAAAAGCGACGAAGAAGAAGAAGCGGAAAAAAACAGGUGCCUACAAACUACAAAGUGAUUCCCAUGUUCGUCGACGGUUAGCUCGGUGGUGACUUACUUACAGCGGGAGUUUCGGUGUUUACUUGCCUGCGAGUUUCGCUUCGCUCCGGUUUGACGGUAAAUUUAGCUCCGUCCGUCCCGCCGUAGCAAUCUGUUGCAUCCCCCUCUUCCUCCUGCCUGCCUGUCUGUCUGUCUGUCUGUUUGUUUAUCCCGCGGAGGUUUUACUCGCAUCUCCCCCGUCAUGUUUCACUGUAUCCCCCUGUGGCGGUGCAACCGUCACGUUGAGAUGAUCGAUAAACGCCACUGCUCGCUGCUCUAUGUGCCCGAUGAGAUUUAUCGCUACGGACGGAGUUUGGAGGAGCUGCUGCUGGAUGCCAACCAACUCCGAGACUUGCCCAAGCCGUUUUUCCAGCUGGUGAAGCUUAGAAAACUUGGCCUGAGUGACAAUGAGAUCCAGAGACUUCCACCAGAAAUAGCCAACUUCAUGCAGCUGGUAGAGCUGGAUGUCUCUCGAAAUGAUAUUAUGGAAAUUCCAGAGAGCAUUUCAUACUGCAAAGCCCUCCAAGUGGCAGAUUUCAGUGGAAAUCCAUUAACAAGGUUACCUGAUAGCUUUCCAGAGCUUCGGAAUCUAACAUGCCUUUCCAUCAAUGAUAUUUCAUUGCAAGUUCUUCCAGAUAACAUUGGAAACCUCUCCAAUUUGGUAUCGCUAGAGCUCAGAGAAAAUUUGUUGACAUUCCUACCAGAGUCACUAUCUCUGCUUCACAGACUUGAAGAGCUUGACCUAGGCAAUAAUGAACUCUACAGUUUGCCAGAGUCAAUAGGCUGUCUUAUCAGCUUAAAGGACUUGUGGCUGGAUGGAAACCACUUGGCUGAAAUACCUGCAGAGAUGGGCAGUAUGAAAAGCCUAUUGUGUCUGGAUGUAUCAGAAAAUAAACUGGAGCGACUUCCAGAGGAGUUAGGAGGCCUGUCGUUACUCACUGACCUGCUAGUGUCUCAGAACAACAUUGAUGCUCUACCGCAUAGCAUUGGAAAACUACAGAAGCUUUCGAUAUUGAAAGCUGAUCAGAAUAGACUAACGUAUCUGCCAGAGAGCAUUGGCAACUGUGAAAGUCUCACUGAACUUGUGCUCACAGAGAACCAGCUACAGAGUUUGCCAAGAAGUGUUGGGAAGUUGAAGCGACUGUCCAACUUCAACUGUGACAGAAACCAGCUGACAGCAUUACCUAAGGAGAUUGGGGGCUGCAGUGGUCUGAAUGUCUUCUGCGUACGAGAGAACAGACUGACGAGAAUACCGCCAGAGCUGUCACAGGCCACAGAGCUGCAUGUCCUCGAUGUCUCUGGAAACAGGCUCACCCACUUACCCAUGUCGCUGAUCACACUACGACUGAAGGCCCUGUGGUUGUCGGAGAACCAGUCGCAGCCGCUUCUCACCUUUCAGACUGACGAGGAUCCCGAAUCAGGCGAAAAAGUGCUCACUUGUGUGCUGCUGCCUCAACAGCCAUUUGAUUCAGACAAGAAAGGCUAUGAUAACUUGGCCCGCUGUGGAGCCCUGGAGAGCCUGGUGAAUGACAUGGCAGAUGACACGUGGGACAACAAAGCCAUGAACAGGAUCAGUGCCAUUCACUUCCUGGAUGAUGAUGAGGAUGAGGAGGAUGACGACAAGGGAACACUGCUUCGGCGGGCCACGCCGCAUCCCGGUGAGCUGAAAACAAUGAAGAAAACGGCAGAGAACGUCCGCAACGACCUGAACGCUGCCAAAGGCCUGGACUCCAACAAAAACGAGGUCAAUAACGCUGCAGACAGAGUGACCACGUCUGUGUGACCUUUACCUCAGAAAUGUUUUUUACCUCCUGUGUCUCGCCGUGUUGUCCUGCAUAACCCCGCAGCCCCCUUUUUUAAUUUUACCUACCAACCCUGGUGUGGCCUACCCCUCCUUUGAUUAAACCCUGGGACGCCUGUAACCUUAGUCCAUCUCCAGUCCUGUGUAAAACAUGCUCAGUCUACCAGGGCCACUGUGCCUUCCUCUUUUUAAUACAUGUCCACAGGAAUUAUCUGCACAGAGACGGUCCUUUUAAAAGAUAUUUUAAAGGUUUAUUACUUUUUAAAUGAAUCUUUUAAAAAAAUAUACACAUUAGGUAGCUGCACUAUUAUAAGUCUUUAUAAUAUGGUCAAACCUUCUUAAGUGUAUUAUAUAUUUGUUCUAUAUCUUUUUUUAAAACACUGGGUGAAUACUUUCUACAUUUUGGGCAAACAAAAGCAGGAGUUUUUGGACCUACUGAUUAAGGAUUAUUGUACAGCCUCUUGUGAAUAUUGAUACUUUUAUAUUUUUUGGCAGCUCAGAUGUAAAUAUAAAUGUAUAGCAAAUUUCUUAAUCCAUUGCAGAUUUUUAAACUUUUUUCUUUUUCAAUCUUGGUACAUUUUUCUUUUCUUCAAAAAAAAAAAAAAAAAAAAAAAUCUAAACCAUGAACAAACCAGUCACUAAUGUCUUAUACAAUCCAUAGAAUUGCUAUUGAGUGAGUGGAUGGCUUAGGAACCUGUUGUUUUUUGCCUGUAACACACCUAGACCUACUUUUGGAUACAUAAUAGAUACGACUAAUUAAUUAAGUUUGGGUUUAAGUACUGCACAUCAAACUUUAAUUACUCAUCUGCAGUGUAAUUAUGCAGAGGUAACAUUGCUGUCUUAUUUAUAUGCGCUGUGCUUCACUGCUUUGCAAUGUUUUUCAAAUAGAUGCCAAAAACAGCUGUAUUUUUUUAAGGUUUCUUUUCCUUUUAACAAAGAGUACUGUAUAGAAUAAUCAUCGGAGGUUUGGUGAGAAUGUGGUUCACACCACGAGGAUGGCAUCCUGUAAAAAGGCAGUUGUUCAAGUUCCACUUUAAUGCACUUCUCAGCGUUGCUCAAAUCUUUUUCUUUUAUAUGGUACAUGAUAAAUUGUAUUAUUUUGUUUUUAAAUCAAUUGCAAAAAGUGGACCAGGGAAAUUGGUUCAAGUGUUGGUUUUAUGUUUUUAAUUAUUUUCUGAUCAAACUGCACAAAACAGAUCUUAGACAGGCACUGAGCCUCGAGGUCUGGAUGACUUUUUAACCACUGAUCAAUAAAAUAAGUGCAACACUAAACAA